UGCGCCGACACCUGGCGCCAACCUUAUUCCUGCAACACCAGCAGCUAUGAGUGCACCUACACCUGUAGCACAUAUGUUAAGUGCACCCACACCUGGAAAUUAUUUACCUACCACACCCGGUAUUUCAGCACAAACACCGUUCAUGCCAACUGGAGGCAAUUAUCACCAUGUUGAGGAUGAAGAUCAAGACGAUGUUGGUGACUGGCCUAUUGAAGAAAUUGAGGUUAAGGUUGUCUCUUCCCAUGGUAACGUUAAUGAAGGUCAAUUGGCUGCCAUUACUGCAGUAAAUCAUGGAGCAAGGACAUGUACAAUUCAGCUGAGCAGCAAUAACACCACCGCAGAACUUCCAUUUGAAAGCCUGGAGCCAGUGCGGCCAAGCAAGAAGGAUGAUGUCAAGGUUAUUUUGGGUGAGCAUCGUGGAGAGCUAGGAUCUCUUAUUGGUGUAGACAGCCAUGAUGGUAUUGUACGCCUCAGAGGAGAUACGAGCGGCUUCAAGAUUAUGGGUAUGAGUUCUGUUGGCAAGUACAUACCAAGUAGAACAUAAGAUCCAUCCCUUUAUGUUUGUAGAAAAGUUAUAUUUACUAUCCCAUACGUACACACACACACGCACACACACACACACGCACAUCGUCUUUUUAUCUGCUUAAAAUAAAAAUAAAAUCAUUAUAAAAUAUC